AUGGAUGAAAUAGGUCUAAAGGCUGCACACUCGGCAGUUUUCAAAGACUCGGAUUCACUUGAAGGGAUUUGUACUAGAAUUGAGGGUUAUGAUUUCAACCAGGGUGUCAACUACUCCGGACUUCUCAAAUCCAUGCUUUCCACAGGCUUCCAAGCUUCCAAUCUCGGAGAAGCUAUCGAAAUCGUCAACAACAUGAUAAAUUGGAGGCUUUCUGAUGAGACAAUAGCCGAAAACGGCAGUGAAAAGGAGAACGAUCCCACCUACAUAGAAUCCGUGAGGACCAAGGUGUUUUUAGGUUUUACAUCGAAUCUUAUUUCGUCCGGCAUUCGAGAAACCGUUCGAUAUCUUACUGAGCAUCGCAUGGUAGAUGUAAUAGUGACGACGACCGGUGGCAUAGAAGAAGAUCUUAUAAAGUGUCUUUCUCCUACGUACAAGGGUGAUUUUUCGCUGCCUGGUGCUGAGCUGCGUUCAAGAGGACUGAAUCGCAUUGGUAACUUGUUGGUUCCUAAUGAUAAUUACUGCAGAUUUGAGGAUUGGAUCAUUCCGAUUCUUGAUCAGAUGUUAAAGGAACAACUUGAAGAGAAUGUGUUGUGGACUCCAUCAAAGCUAAUUGCUCGGCUGGGACGAGAAAUAAAUAACGACAGUUCUUACCUCUACUGGGCAUUCAAGAACAAGAUACCUGUUUUCUGUCCCGGAUUAACAGAUGGCUCUUUAGGGGAUAUGUUGUAUUUUCAUUCGUUUCGCAGCCCCGGUCUGAUAAUCGAUCUAGUGCAAGAUGUUAGGGCGAUGAAUAGUGAAGCAGUCCUUGCAAGUCCUAGGAGAACAGGAAUGAUAAUCCUGGGAGGCGGAUUGCCGAAGCAUCAUAUCUGUAAUGCUAACAUGAUGCGUAACGGUGCCGAUUACGCUGUUUAUAUAAAUACAGCACAAGAGUACGACGGGAGUGACUCUGGAGCCCGUCCGGACGAGGCUGUUUCCUGGGGGAAGAUACGGGACUCUGCUAGGACAGUUAAGGUACAUUGUGAUGCAACAAUUGCUUUCCCUCUGCUGGUAGCGGAAACAUUUGCUUCGGGGUCGAAAAAGUUUUCGGCCUAGUUGGAUUUCUUUUUUCUUUUCCGAAGUGCAGAUUCAUCUGUGUAUUUUAUUAUCGA